CCUAGAUAACUAAACAUUCGUCCACGCGACGACGCUCCUUUCCGCAAAAGUCGAAUGAACUGGUUUCCCCGCGCCCCCCGUCGGUAAAUCUUUUUCUACCUUCCUGAUUGGUCUAAUUAGUAUGUCGCGUGAUGCGAUUGCAAGCACACGCUAAUUAGGAUCUGACCUGCGGCCAUCUCGUCGUCCGAUUGACGAAAGUUUAGUUACUAAGCAAGUUUUUUUGAUAAGAUGGAUUUGAGAAAUCAAGAGGAUCAGAUACGCCAGUGGCUCGAUGCAGAAACAGAUGAUGAAAUUGAGGAAGGAUCUGAUAAUUCGGCUUCGGAGACGGAGGACAAUUUGGAGGUAGAAAUUCAUCACGACACUAGCAGCGAUUCAGAUUCCCCUAGUGAAACUUCAGCGUCAGAAGAUGAUACCAUGCGACCAAGUAAGAGACAAAGAACUCAAAUUAUAGAUUCUGAUGACUCUGUAACUGAAGAUAUUGCUACAACGAAUUCUCCAAACACAAUCCAGAUUAAUCCUCAUGUUCUUCAGUCAACCUCCCGAUUUCUUUAUGGCAAAAAUAAACAUAAAUGGUCUUCGAUACCUAGAUCUGCUUCGACCCGUACCUUAAGACGCAACAUAGUGCAUUUUAUACCAGGCCCAAAAGAAAACGCUAGAGAACUAAAGGAACCAGUAGAUUUAUUUUUGCUCUUUAUAACUGAUGGUAUGUUGCAACAAGUUGUGACAUUUACUAAUGCAGAGAUACUUGUCCAAAAGAAUAAGUACAAGCACGAUUCGCAUACAGUAUCACAGACUGAUUUAUUGGAACUAAAAGCUCUGCUUGGUUUACUAUUCAAUUCAGCAGCUUUGAAAAGCAAUCAUUUGCCAACUCGCAUGCUUUUUAAUACUCGACGUUCAGGAUCAAUAUUUAAAGCUUGUAUGAGUGCAGAAAGAUUUAAUUUUCUUCUAAAAUGUAUUCGAUUCGACGACAAGCAAACCAGAGAUGCUAGAAAAGCAAUUGACAAAUUUGCACAUAUACGUGAAGUGUGGCAAAACAUGAUUGAUAACUUUCAAAAAUGGUAUACACCGGGAUCAUAUAUUACUAUUGACGAACAGCUGGUUGGAUUUCGUGGAAGAUGCCCCUUCAGAAUGUAUAUUCCAAAUAAACCUAAUAAAUACGGUAUAAAACUUGUAAUGGCUGCAGAUGUUCACAGCAAAUAUGUAAUAAAUGCCAUUCCAUAUCUUGGGAAAGGAACAGAUCCACAAAAACAACCACUAGCCACAUUUUUCGUAAAAAAUAUAACAUCUUCUUUACAUGGCACUAAUCGUAACAUAACAAUGGACAAUUGGUUCACGUCUGUAUCUUUGGCUGAUGAGUUAUUGCAGUCACCUUAUAAUUUGACUUUAGUGGGGACGCUAAGGAGUAAUAAACGCGAAAUCCCUAAGAAACUACAUAAUGUCAAGUCCCGCGCAAUCGGUACAUCGAUGUUUUGUUACGAUGGUGCUAAAACAUUAGUUUCCUACAAACCCAAGUCAAACAAAGUUGUUUUUGUUUUGUCGACAAUUCACGAUCAGCCAAAUAUUAACGAAGCUACAGGAAAGCCAGAGAUAGUCCACUUUUAUAACACUACCAAGGGAGCAGUAGACACCGUUGAUCAGAUGUGUUCGAUUAUGUCUACUAAUAGGAAAACCCAAAGAUGGCCACUAUGCAUUUUUUAUAACAUGCUAAACUUAUCUUCAAUCAAUGCAUAUGUUAUUCACGUCUCAAAUAACGUAAGAAACAAUAAAAAACCAAUGUCUCGACGUGAUUUUGUAAUGAAGAUAGGAGACCAACUAAUGGAGCCCUGGCUACGUCAACGAAUACAGACAGUGACUUUGAGGCGUGAUAUCAAAGUAAUGAUUCAAGAUAUUCUCGGCGACUCUUCUAAUAUAGAAGCUCCUGUUCCUUCUGCUUCAAACGUGCGCAAAAUAUGUUAUUUAUGUCCGUCAAAGGCUCGAAGAAUGACGAAACAUCGGUGCAUGAAAUGCAAAAAUGCAAUUUGUGGCUCACACAAUGUAGACAUGUGUAGUAGCUGUGUAGAAUAGUCAUUUAUUAUUAUAAUUAUCAUAAUUAGUUCCUAUUUAACCAUACUUAAUUGCCAUGUACCAAAUUACUAUUUUUAAUAAAUACUUUUGAAUAUUAUUCACGUUUUUAUUGCGUAGUCUGCUUGACGAAUGUUUAGUUACUAUGUGACUGUAAAUAUAGUUUAGUUAUCUAGGGUUA